AUGGCAGACACGUUGCGGUUGCAGUCCCUGCUGGGCAUGGGACACCUCCACAGGCCGCUCUGUUUGGUGUGCGAUCACUUUGCCGGCGAGGGUGUGUACGAGCAGCUUGUGGAGGGAUCAGGCGUAGCACAGGCAACAAGCAUCAUUAAGGGCAGGCGGCGAACCACGUUCAUUCCAAAUGCCCACCGGCGCAAGCAGCUCAUGGCAUUGGCAAUCGCGUUGGGUGUCUUUGUCAGACAGACAGAGUUCUCCUUGUCAGCUGAUGUGAUACGAAUCCUGUCUCAGAGCCUGGUUGCUGCUGGUGUGGGCUCUUCUUUUCUAAAGGCUUCAUUAUUGGAGGUGGAGCACACGGACCAUGGUUUGUCCCCUCUUUCCAGUGAUGGAAAGGGAAAACCAGGGGACUCGAGCCCUGAUAAUGUCUGCUGA